UCACACACACACAGAAGUUACAGCACAUCACAGUAAGCUCUCAGUAAUUUUCCAUCGCUAACUCAGUCCAGCCCACACCGCAUUGACAAUGCAUGGGUCUUGGAGGCAGCCCGCGCGCGCGCGCCCUGCACGAGGCACGAAGUCAGAGCGACGCCCCUGUCGUCCAAUCGGCUGCCAGGGAACCGCCUUGCGUCGCCGCGCACAACCAAUCAGAUGAGACCGUAGGCGGUGUCAUGCAGUCCAAAUUUUUACGCGGCGCUACGGGCUGAAAACUAAACCGAGAUGGAAUAUCCCAGUCUGAACCGGUUUCAACCGGUCUUGGGUUUGUUUGAUCCACGAGCUGAGAGAAGAGCUGGUUUUCAACAGACUCUUUCAAGGCUUUACGUGUUUUUUUGCUUGGGUUUUUUUUUAUUUUUAAAUCCUGACAUAGAUCCAACAAUAAACUAACGCCCUGCUUCAAUUUGUGCUUGAAGACCACGGGAAGCUGGCUAGCGAGAUAGCAUAGCAACUCCAGGCAUUAUAAUCAGUGACAUUAGCUAGCUAGCAUUAGCACUAGCACUUAGGCUAAGUUGUACCAAGGGUCACGCGAGCUGUUUCUGGACUCGGACUAAUCGCUAGACGAAACAUCAUUCAGUGUUAGCUAACUAGUUAGCAUUGCUGUUGUUGUUUUUUUUGUUUCUUUUUUUUAUUUAAUGUAUACGAUAAAUUCGGUCUGCUAAAGAAUUAAAAUCGCUAUCUAUUUAAGCAGCUGGUUAUCAUCACGUUGCCCGUGUGGAUCAAGUUAAUUGGGUAUGUUCGUUAGCUAGCAGCUAGCACGUUGCUACCGCGUCAUCAUGAGAUAAACGGACUCCUGUAAACUUGCGGUUUAUUUGAAUUUUUCUAAGUUUUAAAGCGAUAGCAGCCACACGCCCGAGUCUCAUUUCAACACAAAGAGGAGUGUUUUGUUUAAAUCAAACAAGCAAAAAAAAAAGCAGGUAAGUCGGUGAGGACUUUAAAUACAUGUUGUAUAUUUGAGGUGGGAAAAUAAGUUACUUUAUUAAUUAAGAUUGUGAAAUCUUUGUGUGCAUCAUAACGGAGUUAAAGUUACUGUAUGACAUGCUGAGUGAAUAAAACUGACUAAUUAGUUUAUCAGGUCAUUAUGGAGGGGAAAAAAGAGUUGAUUAGUUGUGCUGGACUAAUUGCAAGUCAUUUGGAAUGUUCCAGAAAACAAUUAGUAACCCUUUUAGGCCAAAAAUUAAACGUGCAGAAAUACGUCCCUCUAUUACUUUUACUCAAGUGCAUUUAAUUAGUGCUUGUGUGUUUUUUUUUUUUUUGGUGUGUGUGUGUGUGUGUGUGUGUGUGGUCUUUAGUUUUGUGCUGAAGAUGCCAUGCUAAUGUAGCUAACAAGCCAUGGAAGCUUAUGGCCACCAGAUUAGCAUCACGUGAUGUGUAGAGAUGUUCAGUAUCUCGGUCACAUCAGGCAUGAUGUGGUUUCUGACACCCCUAUUUAGGUCUGAUUAGUUUAUCAGCGUCUGUAAUAAUAGUCUUUUUUUUUUUUUUAUAUAUUUUUUUUAUGUACACUUCUCCUCUCACAUCCAAUCAGCAGGUCAUUCCUCAACGAGUCAUUAUUAGUCGAUGAUAUUGUGCAUAUAUGAAUAUACAUUUCACGUCGUUUCCUGUGUAAGGACUGUAGUCCAGGUUUAACGGUCCGAACCAAGCGUAUAGCUGAGGGUCCACUCGUAUUAUUAAGCGUGCGUUUGCUGUUUCGGGAAGAGUUUAAAGUCCCCAUGAAAUCAGAAAGGAAGUUUCGUGGCUUUUCGUACGGAUAUGUUUUCAUAAGCCUUAAGGUCGUCCAUAAGAGAGCGCGCUCCAAAACAAUUUGCGUUUAGACGAUACAUACGUUCAAAACGUACGGUCUGUCUCUCGCUCGAUCAGCGAUACGGAUUCCGAUAACGUCAUCCUGCACUUAAGCUUCUCGUCGGAUUUUCUGCCCAAGCAAACGCGCUCGAGAAUCCGAGCGUUAUAAGAGUCGUAGAAGUUGGUUAAGAAGAACGAAAUGGCUUGAAUUCGUCGCGUCUAUGGUACGUGCCGUCAAGUACGGGUUAACGCUGGACUGUGAGGUAAAGCUGUGGUUAUUUGGAAAGGGGGAGGGGCUACUCGAUAUGUCCUACUGAUGCGUCUUUUGCGACAUCUGCGUCGAAAAUCACGGACGUGUAUCCAGGCGGGAAGGAAAAGAAAACAAAAUGGCCCUAUUCAGACGUAAGUUUAUCGGGUGGAAGCUCUCGCAUCCAGACAGUAAAAUGACCCCAUGAGGAGCAAGUUUCUUGCAGGUUGUAUUUUCUACGAACCCGGAUGUUUGUGUGACGCGGUCAUGCUUCAAACACAACAUGGCGUCCAAGCAGUCACGGAGGCGUCGGUGUGUAUGUGUAUCCGGGCGGGAAUAAAGUUAUAAGAUGGCUGCUGAGUUUUUGUGAAAAACACUUGUCAUUUUCUCAGAGGAGGACGGAUCACAUCGCAGCACCUGUAAAAUAUUAAAUUACCCAAGGACGCUGUGUAAAUGUAAUCCCGUCCAAAUAGGGCUUUAGCUAUAAAAAAAAAAUGGACACCCAGGGGAUGACACCCUGAAUUUUAUUUAUAUGUGCGCACACACACACACACACGCACACACACACUCUUAGACUUUCAUCAGAUCUUGAUUUUGCUCUGUCGUGACCGCCCCACAGCUCUAUGCCAGCAGAUAUGACAAUGUUAGCGGACCAUACAGCCCGGCAGCUGCUGGACUUCUCUCAAAAGCUGGACAUCAACCUGCUCGACAACGUGGUCAACUCCAUGUACUACGAUGUCGGCUCUCAGCAACGGCUGGCACAGGAAGUCCUGACUAACUUGAAGGAUCACCCGGACGCAUGGACCAGAGUGGACACCAUCUUGGAGUUCUCUCAGAACAUGAAGACCAAAUAUUACGCCCUUCAGAUUCUGGAGACCGUCAUUAAAACACGCUGGAAAGUUCUUCCGAGACACCAGUGUGAAGGAAUUAAGAAGUACGUCGUGGGGCUGAUUAUCAAGACGUCCUCGGAUCCUUCUGUAGUCGAGAAAGAGGGAGUUUACCUGGCAAAGCUGAAUAUGAUCUUGGUGCAGAUCCUGAAGCAGGAGUGGCCGAAGCACUGGCCCACGUUCAUCAGCGACAUUGUGGGAGCGAGUCGCACGAGCGAGAGCCUCUGCCAGAACAACAUGAUCAUCCUGAAGCUGCUCAGCGAGGAGGUGUUCGACUUCUCCAGUGGACAGAUGACUCAGGUCAAAGCCAAGCACCUGAAAGACAGUAUGUGCAACGAGUUCUCCCAGAUUUUUCAGCUUUGCCAGUUUGUUAUGGAAAAUUCCCAGAAUGCUCCACUGGUCCACGCCACACUGGAGACCCUCCUGCGCUUCCUGAACUGGAUUCCUCUGGGCUACAUUUUUGAGACCAAACUCAUCAGCACCCUGGUUUAUAAGUUUCUGAACGUUCCGAUGUUUCGAAACGUGACUCUGAAGUGUCUGACGGAAAUCGCCGGCGUCAGCGUCAAUCAGUACGAGGAGCAGUUCGUCAGCCUCUUCACGCUAACCAUGAUGCAGCUCAAACAGAUGCUGCCUCUGAACACGAACAUCCGCAUGGCGUACUCGAACGGGAAAGACGACGAGCAGAACUUCAUCCAGAACCUCAGCUUGUUCCUGUGUACCUUCCUCAAAGAACAUGGGCAGCUGAUCGAGAAGAGGCCCAACCUGCGGGAGACACUCAUGGAGGCUCUCCACUACAUGCUGCUCGUGUCAGAGGUGGAGGAGACGGAGAUCUUCAAGAUCUGUCUGGAGUACUGGAACCACCUGGCAGCCGAGCUGUACAGGGAGAGUCCGUUCAGCACCUCCACCUCACCGCUGCUGUCUGGCAGCCAGCAUUUUGAUGUACCCCCACGCAGACACCUGUACCUGCCCGUCCUCUCUAAGGUGCGUCUCCUGAUGGUGAGCCGCAUGGCUAAACCGGAGGAGGUGCUGGUGGUGGAGAACGAUCAGGGUGAGGUGGUGAGGGAGUUCAUGAAGGACACGGAUUCGAUCAACCUCUACAAGAACAUGAGAGAGACACUCGUCUACCUGACCCAUUUGGACUACGCGGAUACGGAGAGGAUCAUGACUGAGAAGCUGCACAACCAGGUGAACGGUACGGAGUGGUCCUGGAGGAACCUGAACACGCUGUGCUGGGCCAUCGGGUCCAUCAGCGGAGCCAUGCACGAGGAGGAUGAGAAACGGUUCCUCGUCACGGUCAUUAAGGACCUGCUGGGGCUGUGCGAGCAGAAGCGAGGGAAAGACAAUAAGGCCAUCAUCGCUUCCAACAUCAUGUACAUUGUAGGGCAGUACCCACGGUUCCUCCGUGCCCACUGGAAGUUCCUCAAGACUGUCGUCAACAAGCUGUUUGAGUUCAUGCACGAGACGCAUGACGGCGUGCAGGACAUGGCGUGCGACACCUUCAUCAAGAUCGCUCAGAAGUGCAGGAGGCAUUUUGUUCAGGUGCAGGUCGGCGAGGUCAUGCCCUUCAUUGACGAGAUCCUUAAUAACAUCAACACCAUCAUCUGUGACCUGCAGCCGCAGCAGGUGCAUACGUUCUACGAGGCUGUAGGCUACAUGAUCGGUGCUCAGACAGACCAGGCAGUGCAGGAGCACCUGAUAGAGAAGUACAUGCUGCUCCCCAACCAGGUGUGGGAUAGCAUCAUCCAGCAGGCCACCAAGAACGUGGACAUCCUGAAAGACCCGGAGACGGUGCGUCAGCUCGGCAGCAUCCUGAAGACUAACGUGAGGGCGUGUAAGGCCGUGGGUCACCCAUUUGUGGUGCAGCUGGGACGCAUCUAUCUAGACAUGCUGAACGUCUACAAGUGUCUGAGCGAGAACAUCUCCUCUGCCAUCCAGACCAACGGUGAGAUGGUAACAAAGCAGCCUCUCAUCAGGAGCAUGCGCACGGUGAAGAGAGAAACUCUGAAGCUCAUCUCGGGCUGGGUCAGCCGUUCCAACGAUCCCCAGAUGGUCGGGGAGAACUUUGUUCCCCCUCUGCUCGAGGCCGUGCUGAUCGACUAUCAGCGGAACGUCCCUGCUGCUCGAGAACCCGAAGUGCUCAGCACCAUGGCAACCAUCGUCAACAAGCUCGCAGCCCAUAUUACUGCGGAAAUCCCCAAGAUUUUCGACGCUGUAUUUGAGUGCACCUUAAACAUGAUCAACAAGGACUUCGAAGAGUUCCCAGAGCACAGAACAAACUUCUUCUACCUGCUGCAGGCGGUGAACUCGCACUGCUUCCCUGCGUUUCUGUCCAUCCCGCCGGCGCAGUUCAAACUGGUGCUGGACUCCAUCAUCUGGGCCUUUAAGCACACCAUGAGGAACGUCGCUGACACAGGUCUGCAGAUUCUCUACACGAUGCUGCAGAACGUGGCCCAGGAGGAGGCUGCAGCUCAGAGCUUCUAUCAGACGUUCUUCUGCGACAUCCUGCAGCACAUCUUCUCCGUCGUCACCGAUACGUCCCACACGGCGGGUUUGACGAUGCAUGCCUCCAUCCUGGCCUACAUGUUUAACCUAGUCGAGGAGGGGAAAAUCAGCAUAACCCUGAACUCAAGCACCCCCGUCAACAACCAGGUCUACGUACAGGAAUAUGUGGCCAACCUGCUGAAAACUGCCUUCCCACACCUACAAGAUGCACAGGUGAAAGUAUUCGUAACCGGUCUGUUCAGCUUGAAUCAGGAUAUCCCUGCCUUCAAAGAGCACCUUCGGGACUUCCUGGUGCAGAUCAAGGAGUUUGCCGGCGAGGACACCAGCGAUCUGUUCCUGGAGGAGCGAGAGACGUCGCUGCGUCAGGCUCAGGAGGAGAAACACAAACUCCAGAUGUCCGUGCCGGGAAUCCUCAACCCUCACGAACUCCCCGAGGAAAUGUGUGACUGAGCUCCGCGUGCGCCGGAGCGGCUUUUCGGACGCAGGAAGGAACGAACCGCGAACAAAAGUGUGUCUGCGUGCGUGUGUGUGUGUACAUACAGAGAGAUUGCAGUAGGAUGAAGAUGGAAGAGGAGUGUAAAUUUCGACUAAACCAUCUCCCAAAUGUCCAAUACUCCACCCAUGUACCAUCAGAGUCCCCGCCCACUUUUCCUUUUCCUUUUUUUUUUUUUUUUCUUCUUUUUUUAAAUAAGGAGAGAACUGGUGCACUGUAAUUACUCCCAUGUUAAUAAGUUGUGUUGGGUGUGUCUAGUUUAGUUUCCUCUAACAUAAUAACGUGUUCACACAUUCGAGGACAAUUUAAUUUAAGCUCCACCUCCCAUCAACUCUACUGGUCUGUUUGUUCAUUUGUAAAAUAGAUGAAUUAACGCAGGUUAAUGAAGAGACGACAGGAAGAGGAGUGACCCGUGGAAAGAGGAAUGGCACUGCAAUUGAAUGUAAUGGCUGACGUUCAGAACUGAAAGAUGCUGCUCUUUUUUUUCUUCUUUCAUCUUUGCUUUAUAUUGUCCUUUUUAUACCUUUAUUUUUCAGUUUUGCAUAUGUUUUGUUUUGGGCUUAUGGUUUUUUUUUUUUCUUUCCUUUUUUUUUUUUUUGCGCGUGUUUGUGGGGAGGGAUGCGGCGCCGUUCCAGUUCUCGCUCUGCGUUUGUUCAGAAUGAAACGGACUCGAAGCAGAUGUUGCCAACGGCGAUGAAGGGUUUGUUCAUAUCGUCCUGUUUAUAACACUGUCUUAGUACUACGGGAACAUAAAGUUGGAUAUUUUUACAAAAAAAAACACAAAAAAAACUGUGUCUUGAUUAAUUAUUGUACAGAUUAUUUUGCCUAAUGUUUAACUACCAUUUAAAUAUGUACAGGAACACUCUGUUACUUCAUUUUGGUCAAGUGCUGCUUUCAAAAUUAUUGGCACCCUCCCCUGGAGAGUGUAAUGGUAUGAGCUUCUUGUGUGUUCACACUCCUAGAGGAUCUUAGACUUGUAGAGGAUCUCCAUGUGCAACGUUUCAAAAUCACUUAUGUUCUUAGCUUUGUGGACUGACUUUAAUUUAGACCACAAGUUGGUUGGUUUUUUUUUGUUGUUGUUUUUUUAAAUUAAGGUUCAUAUCUAGAUUGGCAAAAUAUUGACUGUUACCUGUACUCAUGUUUGUGUUGAUUUGAAUAUAUACUAUACAGCCAAAAGUUUGUGGACACCUGAUCAUCACACCUGUAUGUCUAGAUUUAUUCCCCCCCACCCAACCCCCGGUUAAAUUAAGCUCCAUUCUUCUUUGAAGGCUUUCCACUAGAUUUCAGAGCGUUGCUGUGGGGAUUUGUGUUCAUUCAGCUACAACGGCGUUAGUGAGCUGUUCGGGGAAGAAGUUUGGGGUUUGAGGAAGAACCACAGGUGGAUGUGAUGGGCAGGUGUGCACAUACUUUUGGUCAUAUAGUGUAUGCUUGGGAUUGUUUUCUUCUUCUAUGACCAGGUAUCGGACUUAAAAAAAAUCCCAGUACUCGGCGGAGGUUGUUAUGCCACCAGUGUGGGUAAGAGCCUGUGGACUACCAUCUGUAAAACAGCCACAAGGCGUCAAUGAUCGCCACCACAUUUCCCCUCACGAGUCUGAUGGCUGUUCUUAAGUUGCAGCCCCCAUUAUUUCAUUUUAUUUUUUAAAUCUAAUGUCGAGGCCGUGCUAGGAAGUGACUUUGGUUUCAUCUAACCGCAACGUAAAGCCGAUUGGCUCCAUUAGCC